AUGCAAAUCGAUGUCCAGCCAACAGAUCAUCAAAACAUAGACUUAGUAUCGCUUCAACCACUUAUGCAACCAAUAAGUGCCACAAACUCUUCUAAUGCAUUGACCAUUGAUUCAGUGCCUGUAAUAAGCAAUGAGAGCACAAACCAAACCAUUAGAUCCACAAAAAGCAAACAGAAGAAGAAGAAGACUUCUAAAAGUGAGACCUUUUUGCCAUCCGAUGGCAACUCAAAAGUUUGUAAGAAUAAUGAAAACCUUGGAACCGAUGGUCAGACUGAUAAGAGUGGUCAUAGAGUACCGGCCAGUCGUCUACUUCGAGCCAAUUGUUCCGUUUGUGACAAACAAUUCAAGAAAACAUAUCUCAGGGAACACAUGAAGAUUCACGACAAUGAGAGACCGUAUAAGUGUAUCGUAUGUGGAAAGACAUACAGAUGGCGAACUCUUCUUCGCAACCAUAAGAAGACACAUUUAACCGAUAAUCCGUUCACAUGUCCUGUUUGUGGCCUUCGGAUGUCCUCUAAGUUCUCAGUACAACAACAUGUCAUCAAAGCCCACGACAACGGGAACAAGAAAUACGAGUGCAAUGAAUGCGACAAAAAAUAUGUAACCAUUCAUCAGCUCAGAGCUCAUCAGAAGUAUCACUCGACAGACAGAACCAGACAAUGCGAGUUCUGUGGAAAAGUCUACAAACAUAAGGCAUCUCUUGAAAGACACCGUCGCUUACAUAAGGGAGAAGAGAAUAGCGUUGACUUAAGACUUAAAUGUAGUUCUUGUGGUCUGAUAUGUCACAGCAAAACACAUUACACCGCACAUCAACGCAUACAUACAGGCGAAAAACCAUUUGUUUGCGAGACGUGUGGCAAAACUUUUCGACAGAUCGCACAACUAAACCAACACAAGAUAGUGCACACAGAGCUGAGGCCCUUCUCGUGCAACCUCUGCGACCGCACCUUCAGGUGUCGGUCAAACUUGCGGUUGCAUUUGGAUCACCACAACGGAGAGCCCCGACAUACUCACAUUCCCGCGUUAGUAAACCCAAAUGCAGGUCUCAGUAAACUCCCGAGUAAGCCCUCUCUUCUCUGGGUGAGGAUUUGCCAAACGACUUCCACUCCCAACACCACAAUCUGA